AUGGGGGAAAUCACCAUGAAGCUCGCAAUUCCGGCACUGCUGUUCUCCCGCAUCCUCUACUGCGACCAGUGCAACACAGGUGGGAAUCAGUGCGCACCUUGCCAGCCUUUUGUGAGCAUCAUCCUGAGCAGCUGGAUCCUCUUCGUCCUACCGAUGGUGGUUGUCGGGCUUGGCGUGCUGUUGGGAAAGACGGCAGCAGUUUUAACGUCUGCACCCAGCGAUUUCUCCCGGGGGACCGUUUGUGCGGUGGCCUUCGGCAACUCAACAGGUUUGCCGAUUGUUCUUUUGUCAGUGAUCUCCUUGGGCACUCCAGCCACUGGGAGUAUGGGCAGCAUCGACCCGCUUCUGCGCCUUCCAGUUUACUUAAUGCUCUAUCCCGUCCUUCAGUGGGGAGUUGGCCGUUACCUGCUCAAAGAAGACGAGGACUCAGAGAAGGCCGGACACAGUUUUGGGUUUCGGGCCAUGCUUGAACAGGCCCUGGUACCUCCUGUCAUUGCUGCGCUCCUGGGUUUGGUCAUUGGCGUAUCACCGGUGAGGGCAUGGAUGGUGGAUGUCACCUGGCUGUAUGAUGGCAUCUACAAGCUUGGGGAUGCAGCAGUGCCUCUGAACCUCCUUGUCUUGGGCAGCGCUCUCUCCAAAGGAGCAAACUUUGAAGCUCUUCCGAUCAGGGUGGGGGUUGCCAUCGUGCUCUGCAAGUUGGUCUUAAUGCCGCUCUGCAUGAGUCUCAUCGUCUAUGGGCUAAUCCGCAUUGGGCCCAAGGAUGCUUCCUUGUGGCUGGUUGCUUUGAUCGUCAGCUGCACGCCGACCGCCAACAAUGUCGCAGUGAUGGCUGAGUCAGGUGGCCAGAACAAAGAUGCCAUGUCUACAGCCAUCUUCUUACAGUACCUAGUUGCCCCCUUAUGCGUGGCGACCUCAAUUGCAUAUUUCAACAUGCUCCUUUCCUCCACUUGGUACUUGCCAGCUAUGUAG